UUGUCCGAAUAUUCCUAAAAGGUUAUCUAACUUGUCAAAAUGAAUUGUCUAAAAUCGCUUUGUAUAUUAUAUUUACCGUCAGUUUUUAUAUAUUCAGAGUAAAUUACAUUUUAAAGUAAAAUAUUGUACAAUAUUUUAUUAUCUACAUAUGUCAUUGACUAAUAUCAGUUAGCCAAACUGAUGUAAUAACACAAAGAUUAAAGUACACAAACAAGGACAUUUAACUCAUUGGCAAACGUUUGUAGUAAUGACUUAAUAUUUAAUAUAUUAUCUCUUGUAUCUAGUGCAUACUUUAAUGCAAUGGAUCAGUUAAUAAAAUUAAACAAUCAAACGGCCGGUAGAGAUAAAAUUGCAAGAAUCUUGCAAUAUCUCAGUAGAUUUAUCUGGCAUAAUCUGCAGAAAAAUCGUAAAAAUGGUGUAGUUGGACUAAAGAAUUUGGAGUUUCAAUUAAGCACUUUUAGAAAAUUGCUUAGGUUUGGCAGAUUUGCUGAGAGUAUUUAUGCAACGCUACCACUAUUUCAUGAAGAAGAAGCAACCAUUCGCUACUCACUUAUUCUGAGCAAGAUAACCAAUGCAUUAUUUCUUUUAGCAGAUCAUAUUUUGUGGUUGGGAAGAGCAGAUCUAUGCACAGUAGAUACGGAAAGAUGGUCCAACUUAUCAAAUAGAUAUUGGUUGUAUUCUAUCACAAUGAAUUUAGUGAGAGAUUUUUAUGAAAUUUCUAAACUUCUGAAAAGUAAUAAGGAUCAUAUCUUACCAAAAAAAUUCAAUUCUAAUGACACAUUAAAAAUUUUGUUGAGAACUUUUUCCAUUCUUAGUAAUAAUCAAAGUAUUGUGAUUGAUACUGUUAAAAAUAGUUGUGAUUUCUUCAUUCCUUUAACUUCCUUGGGCCAUGUCAAAUUAUCUCCAGGAACUAUUGGAUUGUUGGGUGUUAUUUCUUCUGUUGCAGGGUUGAUUGUAUUACUUCAACCAACAAAGAAGAUGGUGCCUUCUUAAGUUUUUUUCAUUGAAUGAACUUUGUUUUUACCAAAGAUUUUAUUAUAAAUAUUGUUGGUGUAAGAUAGGUGGGGUGUUUUUAUAAAAAGGAAUAAUAAUUCAAAUAUUUAAUAUUUUUUUCGUGUUUUGUACAUAAUUACUUGUUAGUAUAUAUAUUCAUUAACACUUUACCGCCCCGUGUAUUAUUUUGGAAUUUUCAAUGAAACGACGUCACUUUAUAGUUAAUGGCAGGCGUUAUGUUGAUAAAACCACAUCAGUCAUUUUUAUUCACCUGAUAAGGAAUCAGUAGUAGCUGAUUCCGACACUUAAUGAGAAUCUUUCCGGGAAGAUAUUUUUUUUGUAAUAUGUAUAGAGGUGUCCCCUGAAAGUAAAUCCAAGUGAGCGUCAACGGGGGCGCCAGCGUCAACCACCCUUUUGAAAAGCACGUUUUAUUGAAUAACAACGUACGACAAAAAUAAUGAGGGUCAUUUUUAUAGAUAAUAAUUUUUGCCAUCUUUUUUAUUUGAAACUUUUUUUUGUAUAAUGCAUAUCUGACAGCUAGAUGUCGCAUGCAACCCGUGUGACUCUUGACAGAAUGUCUGCUCGGAAAGAUUCACAUUAAAGUAGAGUUAAUAUACCUGCCGGGGCCUCGUGCACCCCAUGGAUUAGAAUGGUCAUUGGAGAGUAGAAAAUGAAACACAUUAAGAGUUUAGUAACUGUAGUUUUUUCUGUACAUCAUUUUUAAAUAUUUUUAUAAUUCUAAGAUUAUGAGUAA